GCCGCGGCGCUUGCGGCCUCCGUGGUGGCGGCGGUCUGCGCGGCGGCGACCCUGGCGAUGGUGCGCCAGAUCGGGAGCGACGCAGGCUCAGACGGCACGCCGCCGGGGCGGCAGUGGCCGCGCGUCGAGGUGGUGGCAGAGGAGUGCACUGACUGGGCCUCGGUGCUCGUCGCGUCCGUGGGCGGCGUGGAGAGCCUCGAGGUGUGCCGCCAGCGGUGCGUCGGCACGCCGGCUUGCGCGGUGGUCAGGUACAUGCCCUUGGACCAAGGAUGCCGCGUUGGCCCGCAGGAUGCCGGGCUGGCGCCGGGGGCCUGCGAGAUGUACGAGGCGCGGCCGCGCGCGAGAGCGGCCCAUCAUGCAUGGAGUUUCUCAACGUGA